AUGAUUGUAUUACUCAAUUGAUUUAGUGUUUAAUUGAUUUAGUAUGAUAAAUUAAAAUGUAACUAGCAUAACAUGUUUUUAUUUUUAUUUGCACGAGGAUUGGUGUCAUAAAAAGGGUAACUUUACGCUAAAAGGGUAAAUCUCCGACACACCUCCCUAAGGAUCUACCGCAGCCCUACCCAAUGUCAUGUUGUUUCUUGCCGAUUUCUCAUUGUCAGAAAUAUGACUCGUUGCUCAAGGAAGUGUAUAAGACCAAACUCUCGUCUGUUGUUUAUACUUGGUGCGCGCUGGACAAACACAUGGAGCAGCUAAACAACUCGCUUUAUUUUUGAAAAAGAUAACCAGAUGGAGAACGAGGGAAAUCAGUGCACUUGUUCAUCUCCUCCACCAGAUAUACACAUAUCUCCACCAGAUGUGAGUGUCGGCAGCGAGGAGCCCCAGAUCCAAGCUACUCAGCCAGAGGUCACCACCAUCAAUCCUGGAGGUGCAACUUCUCCAAACACUAAACUGUGUGGAUACCUCAGCAAACAAGGUGGACCCCUUAAAGCCUGGAAGUCCAGAUGGUUCACCUUCGAGGAGAAAAGCUGUCAACUGUUUUACUAUCGCACCGCACAGGACCUCAAUCCUCUGGGUAAGGUGGAUCUGUCUCGCUCGACGUUAAGCUACCCGCUGCAGGGAGAGGAGGGGACGUUUCACAUCCAGACUCCAGAGCGUACCGUCAUUCUCAAGGCCCCUAACCGUGAUGCACAGAUGUACUGGCUGCAACAACUGCAGCUGAAGCGUGCAUCGUACAGAGAGCAGAACGCUGGCCAAUUAUCCCAGCCAAAAUCUGACAGUCAAUCAUUAAACGGCACGCCAUCUGCACAGACCGGCCCUGCCGAUUUCUUGCCUGUGGUGAAAACUCCUCCUGGGCUGGUGGGUGAAGAAGCCGCCAGUCUGCCCGCACCAGGAACAAACAACCCGCUGAACAUGUCAAUCAAACAUCCCCUUAUUGAGCUUCAGAACACGAUGCGAAGCUUGCUUCAACGGCAGUCACAGGAAGUACGACAGAGUGUUUUCCACAUAGAUGCUCCUUGUGACCCAAACGGUUCCCAGAAGGAGUCAUCUAAGAUGCCCACUUCUGCUGGACCUUCACCUUGUUCCUCUCCAGCUCCAGAAUCCUCUGUUAACCCCAAGUGUGAGAAAAUGCAAGAAAAUGGCCUCAUUCACCAUCUAUCCUCCAUCUCGCAACACAGAAAGUGUAACAAGGAAAAAUCUAAACCUUCACCUUGUUCCUCUCCAGCUCCAGAAUCCUCUGUUAACCCCAAGUGUGAGAAAAUGCAAGAAAAUGGCCUCAUUCACCAUCUAUCCUCCAUCUCGCAACACAGAAAGUGUAACAAGGAAAAAUCUAAACCUUCACCUUGUUCUUCUCCAGUCCCAGAAUCCUCUGUUAACCCCAAGUGUGAAAAAAUGCAAGAAAAUGGCCUCAUUCACCAUCUAUCCUCCAUCUCGCAACAAAGAAAGAGUAACAAGGAAAAAUCUAAACCUCCAGACCUUAAAGAGACUAAAGCGUUUGAACAAACAUCUCAGCUUGAACAGGAGGUCAAAGCACAGAAGGAGUUGGUGUUCAUCUUGCAUAAGGUUCUGGAAGCUGCCCAGCUGGAGAAGCAGACCUGUGUUCAGUUUCUAACAGCCGAGGGGGAACAUGAGCGCCUGGAGCUCCUGAGACAAUGCGAGCGGCGUGCGGCAGAAUUGCAAGAGCGUCUGGAUUCUCUACAGGUGGAGAACGAGACCCUGCGCAGGGAUCUGAGCGAGCGGGACGCGCACAUCUCUGAGCUUCAGGAGAACAUCCAGCUCCUCAUGCAAAAGAACCAGGCCAAACAGGAAGUGAUACUGAAGCUCUCGGAGAAGCUGACAACCUGUGGGACCGACCAGCAAUGCACAGAUGGCGUCACGUCAGAAACCUUCAAACAGUUAACACACGAGAAUGAGAAUUUGAAGGAUGAUUUGAAAGCGUAUAAAACUCAGAACAAGUUUCUAAACUCUGAGAUCUACCAGCUGACGACGCUUUGGAGGAAAAGUUCAGAACAGGAGAAAAAUCUGAUAGUAAAGUGUGCGGUCCUGGAGGCCAAUAACUGUCAGAUGGAGAGCAGGCAUCUGGGCGUCCUUCAAAAGCUCCAGGAGAGAGAGGAUCUAAAUCCAGAGCAGAGAGAAGCUGUCAGAAAUCUGAUUAAAGAUAUGGUUCAGGCCAAUAAACUAAACCUUAUCAGUGAUUACGACGAAUAUGGCUUUCGGAUCGCCAUAGACUAUAAAGUUGAAGACCAGAAGCUCCUUAGUAAGAUCCAGGGGCUGGAGGUUCGAUCCCAUAACCUACUUAACCAUGAGGAAUGUGAUGGGUCUCUGCUAGCUCGCUGUUCUCAGCUCUUUGCACGGACCGAUGGGGAGCUUUCUUCAUCACCGGAAGUAAAGAAUCUCCUGCGAACCGGCCUACCGCGUGAGUACCGCGCACGGGUGUGGCGUUACCUGAUCCAGACCAGAACCAGAUCACUCAGAAAGUGCUAUCCUGACCGUUAUCAAAAACUGUGUGAGAAGAGUAGAAGCUCACCACACCUGGUGCCCAGACAGAUUCAGCUGGACCUGGAUCGAACGCUGACCAGCAAUCAAAACUUUUCUGCCCCUUCAAGUCCUUUGAUACCACAGCUGGAGAGAGUUCUGCAGGCGUUUUCAUGGCAGAACCCCACCAUUGGCUACGUCCAGGGACUCAACAGACUGGCAGCCAUUGCUCUGCUGGUACUGCAGAAUGAGGAAGAUGCCUUCUGGUGCCUGGUUGUGAUCGUGGAGCACUUCAUGCCACAAGAUUACUACACUAAAGGCCUGGUGGGCUGUCAGGCUGACCAACUUGUGUUAAAGGAUCUCAUGUGGGAGAAACUGCCUCGACUCAUGGCUCAUCUUGAAUCACAGAAAGUAGAUGUGUCACUGAUUACUGUUGAAUGGUUCCUGGUGCUGUUUGUUGACAGUCUGCCCAGUCGAAUACUGUUUAAAGUGUGGGACGCCUUCUUGUCUGAAGGAAUCAAGGUGAUAUUUCGCUAUGCACUAGCUCUUUUUAAAUAUAGAGAAGAGGCCAUCUUGAAGAUUCAAGAUAGUGCUGAGAUUUACCAGUAUCUCCGCCUCUUCCCCAACACCAUUGCAGAUGGAAGGAAGCUCACAAACAUCGCCUUCAGCGACAUGAACCCGCUUCCCAUGAAGAUGAUACAGAACCGUCGCGCUGUUCAUAUGGAGCGACUCCAUGCUGAGAUUAAAGAACUGGAGAACUUACAGAAAGCUUACAAAGCAGAACGUGUACGGUGCAAAGACACAGAGCUGGACACUUUAACUAGUGAAGAUGAAGAGGAAGUGUAAACAAGCACAUAAGCUUUGAAUGCUGAAAGAGAAACACUAAAAUGAGGUUAAUUCACCUGAAAAAUUUAAUUCUGUUACCGUUUACUUACUUUUACCUUAUCUUCAUCAACAAGUCUGACUUUCUUUUAACAUUACAGAAGACGUUAAGCAUUUUAAAUGUAGUACAUAAUACCGUACUGAUGCACAUACAGUAUGGCCUCAGAAGACAUGGACAAAUUUUUAUGAGGCUUUUAUUGCAACAACACAAAGGUGAAUAAAUGAUAACAGAAUUUUUUUCAGGAUGAAAACCUGAAAAUGCACAAAUGACUUUGUAGAAAGAAUGCACUAUAAAAAUUGCACUAUAAAAAUUGUUGCAUUCAAAUGUUUACGUUUAGACAACUUAAAUUAAUAAGCUAUUUCAACUUUUUUGACUAUUUAACAAUUGCUAUAAAAUACAAAAAUUAAAGUUGAGCCCAUAUAAAAAUAACUUAAGCCCUUUUAACUUAUUUUUUGUUAUUUGUACCAAUUUCUCACUAGUCCAGAAAGUUGAAAUGACUUCUUGUUACAUUAAGUUGUUUAAACUUAAUUUGGGUGCAAAGCAUUUUUACAGUGUGUAUUUUAAAGCAUUAUCAGUAGAGGGCAGUAAAAGCUGGAUUGUUCUCAGUAUUGUACAUGUUGAGGCUGGAUUAUUUACUGCCCUCAGUUUGUAAUUGUAUUAGGGAUGCACCAAAAGGAAAAUUCCUGGCUGAAUUUUUUCCUAUAUAUUUUGCCAAUUUUCUCACCAUUUCAUUUUCAGAAUGUCCUUUUUACUUUUUUUAUUUCACAUUAUUUAACAAUGAAAUUUUUUUAACAUUCCAGCAAUCAUUAUAGAGCCUUACCAAAAUAUACAAAAAUUACACCUGGUCCCUUCUCUGAUCAGAUAGCUAUAGAUAGAAACUUUGGUUAAAUGUAACAGUUUAAACAAGUCUUUCUCAUUUAAUACAAGCAUGUUUGUCAUUGUAGGGGUGUUAGUAAGUUUUUAUUACAUACUGCUGAUGCUCUUUGUCACUCUUUUUCUUCUCUCGUUCUCCGUGCUUAUACAAAAACCCAUUGCCACCGCCGUGUCUUUCUCAUACGCUGCAUGGUGUUCAGGAUCAGUGUUGGGGGUAACGCAUUAAGUAAUGCGCAUUACGUAAUAAUAUAACUUUUCUGAAGUAACAAGUAAAGUAACGCAUUACGCAUAAUUUGAGUUACUUUUUUCAAAAGAAAGAGAUCAAGCCUCAGCCAAGUAAGAAAAAAAUAACGCAAAAGUAACUUAAAAGUAAUGUAAGCAUUACUUUCCAAAAAGUAACGCAAUAUUAGUUACUUUUUUGGGGAGUAACUUAAUUUUGUAAUGCAUUACUUUUAAAAGUAACUUUCCCCAACACUGUCCAGAGGAUGUCUUGAAUUUUAAUGAGAAAUUAAACUUGUAGUGCUGUAUGUUUUCACAUCUUUCUCCGACACUUUAAAAUGCUCUUACCAACAUGUUUGCUGCAUUUGCGCGUCUCUCACUGCACCGGUUAAUAUGAUCAUGUCAUCCAAGACCUCAUUGUUCGGUUAAAUUUAUUUUCCAUUUUCACUUGUGCAGUCGAAUACGAAAAUUCUUUUUUUUCUAUUUUCGGCCGAAUAAUUUUGUUGCCAAACAUUCGGUGCAUCCCUAAAUUGUAUGCAACGUUUCAUCACUUAAACGUUUUGUAUUGCACUGCUACUGUAUUUAAAACAUACUAAGCCUACCAUGAAUCAGUAUAAUAUCUAGAAAAUAUAUAUUAUUAUUAUUUCUUUAAUAAAUCUUUUAAUAAAGCUGUUUUUGUAUAUU